UUGUCAAUGAGGGACAGAAAACGAAGGGAGCGGCGGAGAUUUGGGACAAACUUUUCGAAUACGCUCGGCUCGUAUCGCCCCGGAUACCGCCGGUUUUGCUUUGCUUUGGAAACGUCGCAGAAAGCGACAAUUUAGCCGACGGGACCGCCGAAAUCCGAAGCUGGCUGUUGACUGACUGCGUGUUUGGUCACUCUGAGGAAGAAGGGAGUCAUGGCUAUCAUUUUGGCCUCGCCGAUCCUGUAUGUGGCCUGUCUGUCCUUAAACCUGCUGGCAUCGGUCAGCAGUGACCCCUGCCUCAUCAUCAGCGAGGUCAACGCCGACAACCCCAGGCUGGAUACCACCGAGUUCGUGGAGCUGUACCACACCAGCGGACAGAGGGUGUCGCUGGACGGCUACACCCUCGUUUUUUACAACGGUAAUGGGAACAUUGCCUAUAAGGUUCAGGACCUCAAAGGCCAAAGCACCGACGACCGUGGCUUCUUCCUGGUGGGUUCUGUGGAACUGGUGCCCAUGCCAGCCAUCCUCCUCCCACCGAACACGGUCCAGAAUGGGCCCGACGCCAUCGCCCUCUACCACACGUCUGCCACCCGCUACGUCGAGAAGAUGAACGCCACGGCGGUGGGGCUUGUGGACGCAAUCGUGUACAUGACACGACGCUCCGGGGGCGCUGAGGUGCUCGCGGAGAUUCUGACCCCCGGGGAGCCGCCCUUCCUGGAGGAUGAGGGGGCCCACGAGGGGGACGAGUCCAUGGAGAGGUGCCUGCUAUCCGGGGACCGCUGGGGCUUCCAAGUGGCCCUGCCCUCCCCCGGCCAGCGUAACAACUGCACCCCUCCGGCCUCAGCGGCGGCCGCUGCCCCACUGAUCAACGAGCUGAAGCUGGGCGGAGGACAGGUGGACGGGUUUGUGGAGCUGACAAAGGCCCAGGCGGCGAGUCCUCUGGUGCUGGUGGUGUUUGAUGGGAAGAGCGACAGGGUCAGUGUGAGCGUGGAUGUUGACACAUCCAGGAGGGGCAUGGUCUCCAUCUCCAUAGAGAAGAAGUACAUGAAAGGAGACCAGUCGGGGGCGGUGGCUGUCUACAGCGGCAGAGCAGCAGACUUCCCGGUGGGCGGCCUCCUGAAUCAGACUCAGCCCGUCGACGCCUUUGUGUUUGCUGGCCCGGCGGACAAACCCAGCGCCAACCUCACAGAGACGCUCAUCCCGGGCAGAGAGGCCUACCAGCUCAGCACCAAUUUAAGAGAGGGAGGUUUCGACCUGAGCCGCUGUGGUAUGGCCACAUGGGCCAGAGAUCCAGGAGUCUUCUGGGAGGCCCCGCAAACUCCAGGCCAGCCUAACCAGUGCCCCUGGCCCAAGAUAUGCCCUCACACAACUGCAACCCCUGGGGCCACUGAUGCCCCACCACACCUCCCUCCCUGGGGCAGCGAGGACUUCCUGAUCAACGAGGUGAACACAGAUACGCCCGGCUGGCUCGAGGAUGGCGAGUACAUCGAGCUGUGGCACCCGUCGGGCCGCCGUGUCUCACUCCAGGACAUCUGGCUGCUGUUAUUCAGUGGCCAUGACAACAGACCAUACCGCGAGAUCAGCCUCAGCGGGCACUUCACAACCGCCAAAGGCUACUUCCUGCUGGGCAGCGAUAGGCUGGUACCUGCCCCCUCGCUGCGCUUGCCGCCCAACACCAUUCAGAACGGCCCGGAUGCUAUUGCGCUCUACCGCAGCCCGAUGGGCCCGCCGUCCAGCCUGCAGAACGGGGUCCCCACGCGUGGUCUGCUGGAUGCCGUGGUGUACCGACAGAAGGGCUCGGAUAAGGGCGCGCAGGAGCUGAGCGACGCUCUGACGCCAGGACAGCUUCCCCUGCUGGAGGAUGCAGAGGCUCUGCUGGGGGAUGAGUCCCUGAGCCGCUGCGGAGGCCUCAACCCGGCUGACCUGUCUGAUUUUGUGGUGGCACCGCCUACCCCUCUGAGAGAGAACAAUUGUCCUCGCCCACCGCCAGCCCCCGAGGGCGUGGUCAUCAACGAGGUGUCCAGUGGGCGCUGGACCAAUCACAGCCAGCAGAGGGUGUUUGUGGAGGUGUUGGGUGCGCCCCGGACGUACCUGAGAGGCCUGGUGCUGACCGUGUUCGACCAGGAGCGCCGUGGGACCUCCAUGGCUCUCUCCCUGACCGGGUUCACGGACCAGGACGGGUUCUACAUCGUCGGAAAUGUCACAGGGUCAGACCAAGCAUUUCCAGAGGGCUACACCUUUCCAGCGAGGGGAGCCGUUGCGUUGUGUCAUGACUUGUUCAGUGUGUGCAGAACCGGCGUUGCCUUAGCCAACUCCAGUCUGAGGGACACUCUGGUCUUCAGCGACAACCAGAACCUGUUGUCCUCUUUCAACACCACCAGGGGGCAGCAAGUGAUGCCCGCUCUCAGGUCCGUGCAGAACGGCCCCAUCUCGCUGAGCCGAUGUUCAUGCUGUGAAGGGAGAAGCCCCUCCUCCUGGACUAGCUCCACCCUUACCCCUCGCGCCACCAACCAGUGCCCGAGCUCCGCCUUCUCCAGCCAUAUCGACCUAUGCCUGGGACCGCUGACGAGUGAUUGGCAGGAGCACUCCGGAAACUGCAGUGGUCUGAUCCAGAGGAACAAGGUCAUGGAGGUGGCUGGAUAUCUGGAGGAGAGGUGUCACUGUGGCAUCUCUGCCCUUUACCUGGAGGGGGCCAACUUCUCCUGCGUGUCCGGGUGGCUCCGAGUCAGGGGACACAUCCAGGCUCUGUCAGACCACCAGAAGGCCCUCAUUAUCCAGACAUCCCACGUGCACCCCACACCCUCCCAGGGAGACAUUUGCUCCACCCCCACCAGAGACCGCCGCAUGAGCACAGAGUCUGUCCUGGGUCUGCAGAUAGGACUGAUCGUAGGACUGGUGCUGCUGCUGGGACUAGGAGUAGCUCUUGUUGUAUAUCUCUACAAGAGGAGGCGGCCCCUGGACUACUACUCCAUGGAGCUGAAUGAGCACGCUGAGGGACUCUCAGAGUUGUAAUCCAGGCUUUGGGCCAGCGGGGUCGCAGCUCUGCGUCCACCUGCACGGGACUUUCAGGAGAGACUGGGAGACAAAGGUCAGUAGAGGUCAACUGGGCGGUUCAGAUCGAUGCCGCAAAAGUCUCGCCAAUCCACUGCGGGGUUUUGUGUGAAGUGAGCCGUCUGCUAAGACUGUCAUCAAUAGGGCACCACGCGGAAUAACAGUCCGUGGUGUUCUAAGACAGCUUGUUAAACAUCACCACCGGAAAAACAGAACUGCAAGAUCAGAAAAAUCAGGAAAAAAACAAAACACGUGGUUGAUCCCAGUAAGAACUCUGCCUGUCAACAACGCUGGCCACUUAAAAUUGUACUUUUAAAGGUAACGUCAAAGGGAAGUUUUAUUUGAAAUACUUGAGAAGCAAAGUCUUGUGUUGCGUAGAUGAUUUUUAUAGCUGAAAUAACAUUUCUGUGAUUAUGUCACAUUUUCUGAUGUCCGCUCCGGCGAAGAACUAUUAACACUGUGUCGCCUGCUUUCGGUUCACUGAAGAACCUCCGCCCAGUCAUUCGGUUCAUCUUCGAACCAUGCAGUUCUCAUCUGACGUUGCACUGCCGAUAACACUCGUCCACACAGUAACCACAGUAUCAUCUGUUUGUAACCAAGGUAACUUUGUUUUGGUACGUCACACCGCUUUAUUUCCUGUUUCCUGUUUAGUUUUGUCUCUUAAAAAAAAAAAAGCUGUACUUUUUGGUACAUGAAUAGUGACUUUUUGACCUUUUCAACUGCCUUUGUAAAUGUGAAUGUGUUUGGCUAAUGUGGGACGAGUUUCUGUAACCACUUGCGCUCGCAGGCUUAAAGCGAAUCUGUUUACAUUGUAGCGAUUGGGAAAGAGAGAGGGAUAUGAGAGAGACUCCUGUGAUGUUAAAAUGAAGCAUAGAAAUGGGAGAGAUACGUCCGGGUGGUGUGGCAGUCUAUUCCGUUGCCUACCAACAUGGGGCUCGCCAGUUCGAAUCCCCGUGUUACCUCUGACUUGGUCGGACGUCCCUACAGAGACAAUUGGCUGUGUCUGUGGGUGGGAAACCGGAUGUGGGUAUGUGUCCUGGUCGCUGCAUUAGCGCCUCCUCUGGUUGGUCAGGGCACCUGUUCGUGGGGGGGGGGGGAAUAGCGUGAUCCUCCCACGUGCUACAUCCCCCUGACGAAACUCCUCACUGUCAGGUGAAAGGAAACAACGGCGACUCCACAUGUAUCGGAGGAGGCAUGUGGUAGUCCGCAGCCUUCCCCGGAUCAGCAGAGGGAGUGGAGCAGCGACCAGGACGGCUCGGAAGAGUGGGGUAAUUGGACAGGUACAAUUGGGGAGAAAAGGGGGGGAGGGGCACAGAGAUGGGAAAGCCUUGUUGAUGAAAGCAAUCGUUUCUACUUCCAUGUUAUUUUACUUGUGUUUCUUGGUGGCUUUGGCAAUGCUCCGGUGCCUUCUAUAUGUGUGUUGUUGAUCUGCCAACGCCUCACUUUAAAUGAGGGGAAGGUACAGCCUUUUUCUAGAGCAGCCAUAAGUGUAAUUAUUCUGGAUGUGUCAGUAUUCUCAGGGGAGGGGCGGUAAUACUUUACUGACAUCUGCUGAAACGAAGAGAAGGGAACUUAUUGUAGAUAUACAGAAAACGAGUCAGGGUUUCAAAGUCGGCGCUUCAUGAGAUCAUCUCUGAUGCGGUUAACCUGCAUAGACCUGCAUCUUUAUUUCGACGCUACAUUCGACUCAUUGAGAAUGUAGAAUAUUUUCAGGGUUUCUGAAACCAGGUAAAAAUGGAAAUAGAAUACUAUUUGAAUAUCAAGCAUAUCAGUAACUCUACAUUCCACCUGUCAAGGGAGACAGGAAACGGCCAGACGUUGUUUCCCAGUUCGAAUUGCGUUGGCUGGUAGCAGGAACCGAUGUGUCUUAAAUCAGACGGCUGCAUCGCUGAACUGAGAGGAAAUGGUUUUAAAGACCGGCUGUCCGAACAGCUGCUGAAGAAGAAGCAAAGCAUACUGAAGUAUUUUCUAGAGUUUUAUUGUAAAUAUUGUCAUUUUGAUUCUUAAAUGGAACAAAUAAAUACUUUUUCCUCCU